CGGAGAAAUGCUAUAAACACUGUUGCAUUGUGGGACAGAUGAUUGACGCGGCGGCCAUUUUCCCGCUGGACGCUGCUUCCCAUUGUGGAUACGAAGAAGAAAAUAGAGACAAGCGAAACAUUUCUCACGACUUCUACUCACUUUUUCCGCCGGUGAUCUCAAGGAGCCAUGGCCCGUACCAAGCAGACUGCCCGUAAGUCCACUGGAGGCAAAGCCCCACGUAAACAGCUGGCCACAAAGGCUGCUCGUAAGAGCGCCCCUUCCACUGGUGGUGUCAAGAAGCCCCAUCGUUACAGGCCUGGUACUGUGGCUCUGCGUGAGAUCCGCCGUUACCAGAAGUCCACUGAGCUGCUGAUCCGCAAGCUGCCCUUCCAGCGCCUGGUGAGAGAAAUUGCCCAGGACUUCAAGACUGAUCUGCGUUUCCAGAGUGCAGCCAUCGGAGCUCUGCAGGAGGCCAGCGAGGCCUACCUGGUGGGUCUGUUUGAGGACACCAACCUGUGCGCCAUCCACGCCAAGCGUGUCACCAUCAUGCCCAAAGACAUCCAGCUGGCACGUCGUAUCCGUGGGGAACGCGCUUAAACGCCUCCUCUUGGUCUUUCUCCUUUUUACCUCUUCCUGCCCUUCCUUCACCAGUCUGUCUCUCCGUCCCUCUCCCCCUCACCUGCUCCCUCCCCCUUUCCCUCCCCGUGUUAGUAGUGUGUAGAGGAAAACUGAUUACAUUAUGGAUAAAGUGUAUAGUCGUGUUUUUCUUAGUGCUCUCGGCAGCAGACUUCUAGGGUACUCUCUUUUUGUGCAUGUACCGACUCUUUGGUGAUGAGAUCUCCUCAAGCACACGUCUCCUAGUUUGCACUGUUUCUAAUCGGCCUCUGAGGAGGAGAGGAUGGUUUGUGGGUAGAGUAAGAAAAAAAUCGUGGAGUAGAACAAUGCAAAUUUGGGAGGGACAGACAGGAGGAGAGGAUGGGUAUGUGUCUGCUGGGGGACUCUUGUCUCUUUUCUGCAGCAGGGUGCUAGAAGAACUUACCCGGUCCUCUCCCCCUGCUCUCUAUCCUCCGCCCGCCUCACUCAGAAAUGCGCAGAGACGACAAUGUCGGUCUCUCCUCAUGAAGGCCGAGGCUGGAUUUUCUGUCCCUGUAUGUGUCUGCAUGAGUGUUGGCUCUGAUCGCCACAGCAUAUUGUAUACAAUCCAUCAGCAUCUUUGAAGAAGUUGAUUUAUGAUUACCAUAAUGAUCAUCGCUGUCAUUCAACAUGUUAAGUUUAUUUUUUCCUUCCAAAUGAGUCUCACGCACAGGAUUUUUGUUUUUCACUUCAAACUAUUUGUGGAUGACGUAGAGAUGGGGGGGCUAAAUCAGAUUAAAACACUUGCAGAGAACAAAAAAAAAAAAAAAACAGAAUUGAACAGAAUUUUUUCUACUGAAAUGUGAAGCUACUGACUCGUUUUGGCACCAAAGUUUGAUCCUCUUGUAGACACUCUUUUCCUAACUGACAGAAGAGUUUAACCUCACCUGUUUUUGUGGUGUUCAAAUUGGUUUCACUGAAUUAUUUAAAGCCAAAGCUUGAGAGCUCAAGUACGGUGUCAGAGAUACUUUUGUAGCAGUGGCUCAUUUUUUUUAAAUUCAGGACCUUUUUAUAACAAAGGUUCCUUUAGGUUUGUAACGUUCUCCAAAACCAAAAGCUCUCAAAGUGUGAAAAUUAUUUUUUUUUAAAACAAAAUAACUGAUUAAAAUGUGAAAAUUGUAUUGUAAUCAGUGUUACAUGACAGAUAAUACUGGUCAUGUUUUCUGUAUACGUCCCCCCUUUGCUUCUAUUUUUUUUCCUCCGGAUCAGUUGAUCGUCUGUAUACCGUUUCUCAGGUUGACUUGUCACCCUUUUAACUUAAUUUUUAUUUUUUUGCUCAAUUUGAUUUUCUUUUUCUUUUUUUUUUGAAAUGUUGAGGAUAAUGUUUCAAUUAAACAAUGUUUGUAAUUUCCAGAUUUGUCAUAUAAGGUGGUAAUAAAUGGAUGUUACACACA